GAUUCAUCCGCAGUUGCCACGCGGAGCAGCGCAGGUGCGGGCGGAGAAGGAAAGGAAUUUCCAUCCAGGGAUGCUGGAGAAACUAAGCACUUAACCCCAACUGGGUUCUUCUUUUGGUUUGGGCCGUUUCCCAAAGUUAGUUGGGAUCCCCACGAUGCUCGCGUCCUCCUCCUCCAGCGUCCUGCUCCUGCCGCCGCUGCUGUUUUCGCACUCGCGUGGAUUUACGUCUUCCGCCGCUUUCUAGCUUCAGCCCGCGCCGCGCACGCCACCACGCCAGCAUGGACCGCCUCGUGGUCGUCCUCCUCCUCCUCCUCCUCUUCCUCGGACCCUUGCAGCUCCUCCUCGCCCUGCUCGGACUCGCCGGCGCAGUCGCGGCGGACGGCGGCCGCGACUGCCUGAGCGCCGGCGACGCCUGCUCCGGAGACGACGCCUGCAGCCCCCGCCUGCGCACCCUGCGGCAGUGCGUGGCCGGCGACGGCAGCGUCAAGCUGGGACCCGGCGCGCGCAACCAGUGCGAGAACGCCGUGACGGCCCUCUCGUCCACGCCGCUGCGCGGCUGCCGGUGCAAGCGGGGCAUGAAGAAGGAGAAGAACUGCCUGAGCAUCUACUGGAGUCUGCAGCAGGCCGUCCUGCACGGCCUGAGCCUGGUGGAGGACUUUCCCUACGAGCCCGAGGAGAGGGGCUCCGACUACGUCCGCCUGGCCUCCAUCGCCGCCGAAUCGGAAGCGACGACGGUCAACCGCUGCCUGGACGCCGCCAAGGCCUGCAACAUCGACGAGACGUGCCAGAAGCUGCGCACCGAGUACGUGUCGUCUUGCAUCCGGCCGUCGGCCCGCUCGGGCCCGUGUAACCGGCCCAAGUGCAACAAGGCGCUGCGCAAGUUCUUCGACCGCGUGCCGCCCGACUACACGCACGAGCUGCUCUUCUGCCCGUGCACCGACACGGCGUGCGCCGAGCGCCGCCGCCGGACCGUGGUGCCGGCGUGCUCCUACGAGGACAAGGACGAGCCCGGCUGCCUGGCGCAGCUCAGGGUCUGCAAGGCCGACUACGUCUGCAGGUCCCGCUGGGCUCAGUUCCAGUACGACUGCCAGCCCUGGCCCGAGAGCUCCAGCGGGUGCAAGCAGGCGAACCACGCGGCGUGUCUGCUGGCGUACACCGGCCUCAUCGGCAGCACAAUAACGCCCAACUACCUUGACAACUCCACCUCCAACGUGGGACCCCGCUGCUCCUGCGCUACCGGUGGCCACCAGCGGGAGCAGUGUACCAGCUUCCUGGGUUCCUUCCACGACAACGUCUGCCUCAAGAAGGCGAUCGCGGCGUUCGGCGACAGCUCGGACGUGAAAACGGGCGGCGGAAUCCCGAGCCCGGCCGCUACCCGGGCCGCCGGCGUUCCGGGCGUUUCCGUGGAAACGGCGCAAAACAUCCUGAGGGCGGAGAUCCCAACACAGGUGAACGGCAACGAGCGACUUUGGGACGACGGCGGCGGCGACUCGACGCCGCCCUCGUCGCCCGACCUCUUCGAGCGCAACGCCGGAGCGACGCCCGUCCGCCCCGUCCCGCCGCCGCUCCCGCUCGCCACCUGCUGGCUCUUCCUCCUCCUCGGCCGCCGCUAGGGGGCGCCGCCUCGCUCGACGCGGACAACGUCGCCAAUCGUGACUCGCCGCUUUUUCUACGAGCCGCAACAUUUCUCGCUUCACCAGCCACGGGAGGACCGUCAGAUAAAGACAUUUUAUUGAAAACAAACGAUAUUAUUUUUGCCGUCGUCGUGGAAAGAUGCUUGACGCCGGUUAGCGCCCGUCGCUAACAGCUCACGUUGUGUUGUCGUUAUUGUCGUGUUGCGGCAAAGAACCUUUUAUGGGCACUUUUUAACGGACAAAAAGCCAAGAGUUUGUGUUCGUGUGGGUGCUUUGAAAAACGUUUUGUGUUCUUCACGUGCUCAGCCAUCCUUCCUUCCUUCCUUUCCUUGGCUUCCUUCCUCCCACGUGUAAAAAAUAACAAAAACAUUUUUGUAAAGACGUCUUGGUCCAAACUGCUAAAGCACAACGGGUUAUUGCGAAACUACAGGAAUGUUCAAAGAUGGAAACUUUCCAUGAGAAUUUCUGGGAACAAAGUGCUUCAACCAGGAAUUGACCAAAUUAAAGGUCGCUUCUAUUUCAGUGUAAUCGUGCCAACAGCAAGCAGAAAAGCGCAGAGGUUUAAAUAAAUAAAUGAAUAAAAUUCAGUUGCAAGUGUGUUGCUUGCUCAAUUUAAUGUUUUAUUUUUCUUUGUAGUGCGCUAAAAUGUGAGUUUCAGAUCGAGUAGUACCCAAAAUGGAGCAGCCGAGGUACUGCGAUGCCCUCGCAUGUGGGCAAGGGGAGCUAUCCGUUUUGGAUGGAUGUCUGCUUAAUACACAAUCCAACGUAUGCUCGAAUAUGAUCCUUUUCCAUGACAUAAGCAUCAACUCCCAAUUAAUUCCCACGGAAUGUUUCCAAUUUGGAAUAUUUCAAGAUUCCCCGGCUUGCCAGAAUUUUUGCAACCCUAACCAGCACCGCUGGAGCCAUCUCCGAGAAGAGAGCUAGCUCGUUAGCCCGUUAGCGUCACGACUUCACGGAAGCGAAAGACUUUUUAAGUGUCGCUCUCCCGACACUACUGUCGCUCUUUCACCCCACUUAAUUGUGUUUUUGUUUUGGACCAUUCAAAUAAACAUUACUGCUGCUGCCGGUUUUGAAGUAGGUUGCCAUGACAACCAGGGGAUGAUUGACAGCUGAGGGGACAAAAAAAACGAUGUGAAGACUCUCUUCUUCUUCUUCUUCUUCUCAUGUUGUUCAACACUUUCACUCAAUAAAAGUGGAAGGUCCAACUACACACAGACUGCCGUCAUUUGUCCAAAUGCUCGCUUGCACUCCGGAGCUAGCAAAUAGUUUGACAAUCCGCUCGAUCGUUGAAUAUUGUUUUGCAAUUAAAGCUUAUUGCAAAAUAUUUUUUUACCCCCCCCAAUUGGUUUAUGUGGCGGUGGUGGUAGUAGUUUACUCGUCGUAGUAGUGAACAGUCGUUUACUUUAGAAUGUAUUUAUGUCAUUAUCAGAGGUGGGUCGUGAUGCGCUACAUUUACUCAAGUGACAUUUUGGAUAAAGUGUACUUGUCAGAGUACUUUAAAUGCACCACACGUUUGACUUUUACUUGAUUAGCCGUUACAUGCUGCUCGAUACUUUUAUUUAUCCAUUAUUGCAUACGCGAUGUUUUUCAAGUCCAUCUUGGACUUGCGCAUCGGGCGCCGUUGCCUCAACCCAACGUGAUCACUAGUGUCAUCUGACUCCAAUUCACCAAUCAGACAGCACAAGGCAGUCACAUG